GCAGCCAACAAUUUCUCUCCCUUGCGCAACAAAAUAUAGCGGUGACAGGAGCACAGCUGACACAAGAGUCGCUCCUUUGUAAUCACCAGCUUGGAAGAGAACCAGCGCCGCCGCUCUUCCCUUCAUUUCACCAUGUCCACGUCACAAGGAGUCAAUGUGCUCCGGUGGUCAGCCCUUGUCGCAGGCAUAUUCUACGGUUUUUCGCACCAGAGAACGAUUACAGCGAGCAAUGCGACAGCUCAUGCGCAGGCCGAAUACCAACACAAAGCCGAUUUAAUACAGAAAGCAAAGGCAGAAUGGGCAAAGAAGAACUUGCCUCCUCAAUCGAAGACGGGCAGUGGUGACAUUAUAACGGAUCCCAAUGACAAGAACUUCGACCUCGAAGCAUACCUGACGAAGCUGUCGGCGGAGAGUUAAAGAGGUGGCAUUGGUAUUGAGUUUUGAGUCAACAAGAUGCCAGAAAAGUUAUCGGCUGAGGUGGGCACAAUUAGACAUGGCGUUCAUCUGAGUUGAUACCCAGCAUUUGCUCUCAGAUAUGGCGACCAUGCCGUCGAUGAGCAAAAAGGCGGCCAACCUCUAGCAAGACACUUGUACAUACAUUUGCCGCGGCAAAGACAUUGCCUGUAAACCAUGAUCAAAUUGCCUGUUGUCUGGGACCCCAUGCUUCCUUUCUGACUCUGGUGCGAUCAAGACUGCAGUUCGAUCACGACUGGAGGAAUGUGUUACGUUUUCGAGCAGCCGAUAUCACUCUAAUGCACGAUGGUCAGGUUCGAGAACAGUCGAUAUUUCACAAUCGGCAGUAUUGGUGGAUUUGUUUGAUUUUUUAAGGGUUCAGAAUCCUCCUCGAUUGCGGCUGAGCCCUUGUCCGACGACCAUCGACG